AUGGACAAGUUUGUCGUAAUGUUCGUAGAUGAUAUACUGGUGUAUUCGAAGAAUAAGGACGAACAUGUAGAACAUUUGAGGGCAGUUUUACAAACUUUAAGGGAGAAUAAACUCUAUGCGAAGUUUUCCAAGUGUGAGUUUCGGCUAGAAAAAGUAGCAUUUCUGGGUCACUUGGUGUUCAAGGAUGGGGUAGAAGUAGAUCUAACAAAGAUUGAGGCAGUGAAAGGAUGGCUUUCGCUAAAGACGGUGUCUGACAUUAGGAGUUUCAUAGAUUUAGCAGGGUAUUAUAGGCGUUUUGUGAAGGACUUUUUAAAAAUUGCUAAGCCUUUGACCUCUCUAAUGAAGAAAGGCAAGAAGUUCAAGUGGGACGAGAAAUGUAAGGAAGCGUUCCAACUCUUGAAGCAAAGUUGA